AUGCGAACAUAUUUUUAUGGGGCAACCUCUAACGUAAGGCUCCAAGGUAAAGUAAAAAAUGAUUCUUCCUGCUUUCAAUUCGCCCAAAAAAAUACCGAUUUUAAACUUUUCACACUUUCCUGCUUGCUUUCAGUGGUUAAUGGAGGCAAUGGUACCUUUAAGGUUGUUUGUUCGAACGUCUUGUUAUUAUUACCAUCAUCUGCAUUUAAAUUAUUUAUAUCAAUAUUAUCUAAUGAUCUUUCAUCGUCUAGUCUUGUUGACGGCCAAACCUAUAAUGCUAGGUAUCUCCAUCAGUACUAUUCAUUAUAA